AUGGCGACAACUCCCAAAACCUUGAAGCUGAAGCCAAAACCCAGAUCCACAAUUUUGAUACUCCUCAUCUUCUUAUCAGUCAUUGCGUUUCUUUGCAUGUUCUCCGCUCUUUUCUCAAUAAAUGGCUUCUCCUUCUCUUCUUCAUUCUCCCUCAGAAACUUAAAAAGACCCAGGAACAAGAGACAACACACUCUUCAUGAAAAGUACUUGUAUUGGGGUGGCAGAAUUGACUGCCCCGGUAAAGUCUGUGAACCUUGUGCUGGCCUUGGUCAUCAAGAAUCUAGCCUCAGGUGUGCCCUUGAAGAAGCCAUGUUUUUGAAAAGAACUUUAGUUAUGCCUUCUAGGAUCUGUAUCAAUCCGAUGCACAAUGCGAAAGGCAUUCUUCAUCAAUCUGACAAUAAAAGUUCAGAGGAAAGGCGGGCAGAUAACUCUUGUGCUAUUGAAUCUUUGUACGAUGUGGAUCUUAUAUCUGAAACUGUACCGGUGAUUCUAGACGAUUCGAAAAUGUGGUAUCGGGUACUAAUGACAAGUAUGAAGUUGGGAGCUAGAGGGGUUGCACAUGUGGAAGGCGUUAGUCGAGUUGAUCUCAGAAAUGAUACUCGCUACUCAAAUCUCUUGCUCAUCAAUCGAACUGCUAAUCCCCUGUCAUGGUAA